GACACUGGACGCGAAUUCUGGAUGUGGUGCGCAUCGGCAAGCUUAUCCCGCGCACCCCACCCUUGAUUUCGGAUUAAUCAGAGACAGACACGAGACAGCAGCAGUAUAUAAAUGACACACACCGAGAGUCCAAGUGGAUGCGCCCCCUCAACUUGUGAGAAAGCAAAACAAACAAGCCCUGACUUCGCGCGUGUUCUUAUUCGUUCCGACGCAUUUGUAAGGAGUUGAAACUAAUAAUGGGCGUGAGUUAUCCAUUGAAAGAGAGCCCGGAGACCUUGGCUUUUUUUUUCCUCCCUCCCCUUCUUUGGACCAACAUCUGAGCGCUCAAUUCAGUCGGUGAGAGGCAGAGGAGGAACCAGCAACAUGGAGUGCGCAGGAUGUGCGUCCACCUUUGUGUGACCGCAAAGGCUGCCUCCCGAAAACCAGCCAAGUAAGGUGCGCAGGAAGGAGGGGAGACGCGGAGUCAGAGGGUGUUUUAAGAGCGAGCAAGAGGAAGAGAGGGAGGAGAGAAGGGGAGGAAAGUGUGCACCAGGUGAUCGAGUGCUAAGAAACCUCCACGGAGGCUGCCGGCUUGGAACACAGGAUCAGCGACCAUGGUGCGAGCGCGCUGCCCGGGACUGGCCCUCUUCCUCCUCCUCCUCCUGGGGUGCACGGUGGCUUUGUGCCUCGGCCAGAACGACACGGAGCCCAUCGUGCUGGAGGGGAAGUGUCUCGUCGUGUGCGACUCCAACCCUUCCUCGGACGGAGCGGUCACGUCCUCUCUCGGCAUCUCGGUGCGCUCCGCCGGGGCCAAGGUGGCUUUUUCAGCCGUGCGUGGAACCAACCACGAGCCGUCAGAGAUGAGCAACACCUCCAUGACCAUCUACUUUGACCAGGUUUUAGUGAACAUCGGCAACCAUUUUGACCUGAAGGCGAGUGUUUUCCAAGCUCCAAGGAGAGGCAUUUACAGUUUCAGUUUCCAUGUGGUGAAGGUCUACAACAGACAAACCAUUCAGGUAAACCUGAUGCAAAAUGAUUACCCAGUCAUAUCAGCCUUUGCAGGGGACCAGGACGUAACGAGGGAGGCGGCCAGUAAUGGAGUACUGCUGAUGGUGGAGCGAGAGGACCGCGUCUAUCUGAAGCUGGAGCGAGGUACCCUCAUGGGCGGAUGGAAAUACUCCACCUUCUCAGGCUUUCUGGUCUUUCCUCUAUAAUCUGACCUUGGAUGUGACUCUGCUUAGGACGACAACAACAAGAAGAAUAACAAAAAAAAAAACAACAACAUGAAAUUUAUUUUAAACUCAAAGAACUUGUCAGCCAAGGAAGUCGAUGAAACUCCUGAAUGUCCUCAAACUCUUCCAUCCUCCUCCCACUACCCAUCCCCUCCUCCUCUUCCUCCUCCUCCUCCUCCUGCUCCUCCUCCGCCUCACAUCCGUCUACUAUCUUAGUCCAGUAUGAACCGUGGAGAUUCAAAUAUUCACAUCAAUCAACUUGUAUGCAGUCAGGACGUCGUCGUGGUGUUUGGAAUUUUUGCUGGCUUGGGGAACUUUGCCAAAAAGGCCAACAUUAAAGGAAGAGAGGACAUGACAUGGAAGAGGCGACGAGUGUGUUAUGCUCCAUUUUAAGUUUUGUAUAGCCUUAAAGAAUAUAUGCUUUCCGUCCAAGUGAAGUCUCUGGAAUUAUGGACAAGCUGAGAGAGAAGCGCUUUCACGCCCAAAGCCGUCUUUUGCACGAAUGGAUUUUUUGUUUGGUUUGUGCUGUCAAUGGUGUUUCGUUUGGAUGGUGAAAAUAAGCCGAAUUUGGCCACAAGAAGAAGAGCUAUUUAUGACAAGAAGAGGCCACUGGAAACGGCUUGACUUGAAGAGCCCUUUUAUUGGAGGGAAAAUUUAAAAAAAAGAACUAAUCUAUAAUUUUUAAAGUACAUUAUUCACAUUAGUGUGUUUUACAUUGCGGAAUUCGCAUAUAACUCUUGACUGAUUUAAUGUUCAGUGACGUUGCUCACGAAAUGUAACAUGUGGAAACAAUAGAAGAAGCCCUAUAUAUGUCCCGCUUAAUAAACAAUAUUGUAUUGUAGAGACAAA